AUGGAGCCUCUGACUACUCCAGCAAGCCUGCUCGCCGCUGUGGAGCUUUUCAGCUCGCUCGACUUCGGGGAGCGGGAGCAAGCCGCAGUUGCUUCCGAGCGCCGCCGCGCCUCAAGUCGAGCAGCGCCUCAGCAAUAUGAUGCAUAUCAACGCGCUCGUCUGCGUGGUUCAACGUCGAUGCCGCGCAGUGCACGGCACGUAGAUGAAUCUUAUUCCCCCGCUCCAGCCAGCCGUAAAGCAAGCAAGCGGCGCCGAAGCCAGCCUAGGCGCGACGCCCGCGACUCACGACGGGCUCCGCUCGCUACACUAAACACGGAUGCAUCGGCGCACGCCAGUCGAGGCAGACCGCAGGCAGACUGCGAUCGUGGUUGCAGCGGUCAGCCUGGUCGCCCCCCCGCCUUGCGCAUUGAACGGCGUGGCGUUGGUCACUCGAACGCGAACGGAGCCCACGUGGGCCUUGAAGCCCCCAGUUCUUCGAAUCGAAGGCGCCGCCGUCGCGCGCCGCGCGUCACAGGCCUGAGGCGCUGGCCGCGAGGCUCGACAGCCUUCGCCUCGCUUAGGUCGGUCAGUGCGAGCGCCCGGAGCCCAACACGCUGGGCUUUCUCGAACUUACACUGCCUGACAGCGCCGUCGUCGCGCGGUCGAGUUCGCAGUGCUCGUCUGCCUCGAGCUGAGAAACGAGGGCGCCUCAAAUCUCGCUCCGCGUGCCUGCCAGCAGCGCCAGCGUGA